AUUUUAUCCUCAUGCUUGUGUUUCUGCGAGUUUAGGCCAAGACAUGGCAACGGUGGAAAUCCUUUCGGAAUGUCUGAGAAAAAUAAAUUGUCUCUCUGAAGAUGUAGUGACACUACUUGAUGGUUCGCAAGAAAUUAUUGAUACUGUUAUUGGAAGCACGAAAAAUCUAGCAGACUUUUCUUCUUCAAAUCGUUCUGGGGCAGUCCACGUGCAACAACAUGAAGGUAAGGAACAAAAAGGCCUAUGGGAAGGUGGAUGUGGACCAAAAAAAUUCCAUAUCCAAGGAUUCGAUUCAGAGCAGAUCUGGCAAGAAAUAGAGUUAGGCAAUGAACCGAUCCUGAGAAUAAUAGGAUCAAAAAUAGAUUCGUUUUCGAAAAAAGGGCCUCCAAACUUCGCCACUCAAGACAAAAGUCUUUCCAAAAAUGCCACUGUAAAGUCAAAAAAACUGUCAAAUAAAUUAACUGUACAAAAAGAGAAAAAGAAUGCGCAUGAUGAUAAACGUAAAUUCAAAAAUAAUUCAGAGGCAAAUGAUAUUUUAGAAAGUGAAGAAGACGAGGUUAGAAGCGCAGAAAGCCUUGAUUUUGACCACGAUGAAAGCAGAGGCAAUGCGAAAACUCCUCGAAAAAUUGCGAAAAAGUCUAUUGUUGAUGACUCGUUUUUUGUAUUGGACGAUAUGAAUCGUUUUCUUGAUGAAGAAGACAAGAAAGAAUCAAGAAAUUAUGACAUUGGAAACGAUGAAGAUGACUCAGACGGAGUAGAUUAUUUUGCUGAAGACAUAUUAGAUGAUGAUGAAUCUGAAGACGACAACACUGAUGCCUUUGAUAAAGUCAUUAAAAGUACUUCGGCUGCUGUUGGAAGGCUAUCUUCAAAUCAAAAGAAGAAGGAAAGCAAGAAUGCCAGAAUGAUGAUGUAUGGAGAUUUUUUUGAUCAACCAACUAUUGGGGAGAAUGCUGUUUCAAAACAAGCUGCGACGAAGGGUCAUAAUGCAGAACAAGAUGGCGAUUCUGAAGAUAUCAACAAUGUUGGUGAUGGAUUUGAUGAUGGCAGUGAUAACAGCGAUGAAAAUGAUGAAGGUGAAAGUGCGUCUGAAAAUGAACAUGCUGUAAUCGAGACAGAAGGUGGAGAUGUAGAAGAGAGUGAUGUGGGUAGCCAUGAUGAUUCUGAUGAUGAUUCUGAUGAUGACCAAAAUGAUAUGGAUCUUGAUGAUGGUGAUGUUGGAAAGGCCAAAGAGGAUGAGGCAAAAAAGAAUAUGUCGAGAUUUGAAAAAGAAUCAGUAAAGAUGAAAGAGAAAAUUGUGGCACUGGAGGAAGAUAAUAUUGCUGAAAAGCCAUGGCAGUUGGUUGGUGAAGCUACAGCUGCAAAGAGACCUAAGAACAGCCUAUUAGCAGAGGACCUGUCUUUUGAGCAGACAUUGAUAAGUGCUCCACAAAUUACAGAGGAGGUAACUGAAACUUUGGAAGAAAUGAUAAAACAAAGAAUAAAAGACCAGGCAUGGGAUGAUGUCAUGCGAAAAGUGAAGCCUGUUGAAAAACCAUUUGAAUACAAAAAGUCUCUUGCUUUGGAUCAAGAGAAAAGUAAAUUGAGUUUAGCUGAAGUUUAUGAAAAAGAAUAUAUCAAGAAAACAAAGGAAGACAAAGAGGAAGAAACCAACCCAGGACACGAAGUCAUUCAAAACAUGAUGGAUAAAUUGUUUGCAAAAUUAGAUGCUCUUUCAAAUUUCCAAUACACACCCAAACAGCCGAAACCGGAACUGAAAGUGGUUUCGAAUCUACCGUCCGUUGAGAUUGAAGAAUUCACACCCGUGACUGUGAGUAAUGAAAAUAUGUUAGCACCGGAAGAGAUAUAUGAUAAAAAGAAAAGUGACAUAAAAGGACAGGAUGAAAAGUCGGUGACAGACAGAAAACGAGAGCGAAGAGAGAAGAAGAUAAGAAAGAAGGAAAUUGUAAAGAAGAAGGAAAGGAAACUGCAAGAAAGGAAGAGCCGUGGUAUCAAUGUGAAGGAAAACAAAGAGGAAGCUAUUCGAAGGCUGAAGAAGUCGUCGAGAAAUACACAAAUUGUUAAAGAAGAUGAUGAGUUGAAAAAGACAUUGAAAUCAAGCAGUGCUUUCUUUAGUCAGUUGCAAGAAAAUAUCGAAAAACGCGUCGAUAAGGAGAGACAAAAAACUAAAAAGAGAAAAGAAAACGUUGAAAGAGCCGAAGGAUACAAACUAUAACUGAAAUGAUUAAAGUUUUAAUUUUUACUGUUUGCUUCUCUUAAGUAAUCGUGAAAUUUUUUCCAGUCAGAACA